AUGUUUGGAAUUGCGAAGUGCAGCAUUACAGUCCUGAAGAAUAUUCUUACAUAUAAUAAAGAAUUUCCAUUUGAUGUUCAGCCUAUCCCAUUAAGACGGAUUUUAGCACCUGGUGAAGAAGAGAAUCUGGAAUUUGAAGAAGAUGAAGAAGGUGGUGCUGGAGCACCUCCUGAUUCUUUCUCUGCAAGAGUCCCUGGUACUUUAUUGCCACGCUUGCCAUCAGAGCCAGGGAUGACGUUACUUACCAUCAGGAUUGAGAAAAUUGGUUUGAAAGACGCGGGGCAGUGCAUUGAUCCCUACAUCACAGUGAGCGUGAAAGAUUUGAAUGGCAUAGAUUUAACUCCCGUACAAGAUACUCCUGUGGCUUCAAGAAAAGAAGAUACUUAUGUUCAUUUUAAUGUGGACAUCGAGCUCCAGAAACAUGUUGAAAAGUUAACCAAAGGUGCGGCCAUCUUCUUUGAAUUCAAACAUUAUAAACCUAAAAAGAGGUUUACCAGCACCAAAUGUUUUGCCUUCAUGGAAAUGGAUGAAAUUAAACCUGGGCCGAUCGUAAUAGAACUGUAA